AAUCGGCUCAAGUAGCUGUGCAAGCAAGUUUAUCGGAGAGCAAGCCACUAUUUGUAUAUAUGGAAGAAGAUAGGGCGACAGAGGAGGUUUCACCCUUGAUUGAAAAGUAUCUUAUUGAUGUUAAGGAUAAUAGAAUAAAAGACGAAUAUAUUUCUUUUCUCAAGAAGCGGUUUAUUUGUCUUAGGCUUAUACAGGGAAGCACUGAUUAUUCAUUUUUUGAACAACUUUUCCCAAACAUUGAAUUUCCUAGUUUUUAUUUGAUUAGCAAAGGGAAACUUCUAGACAUUAUUACUCUUGAAUCUCAGUUAGACCAGAAAGGUUUUAUUACCAGAUUAACUACAUUAUCGCCAGAUCAUCAAGAACGGAGGAGCACUGAAAUGUCCGAUGGUACCGAUGUUGCAACUGAAAAACAAUCAUCCCAUCAAGAGUCGGUGCGCAAACAUCAACAGGAUGUGGCUGCCUAUAAGAAAGAACAGGCUCAGGAACACCAGAGAAUCAAAGCUUUAUUGGAAGCGGACAAGAGAGAACGAGAAUCAAUGAAGCGGGAACGAAAUGGGAGCAUCCAACCUAAAAGAAACGACGUUGUCAGGCCUUCCAAGUCAGCGGUUUGCUCUUUGGUGAUUCGAUUAUUCGAUGGAGACUCAGUUAAAAAUGAGUUCAGUUCAAGCCAAACUUUGAACGACGUAAGAAUCUGGUUGGAUAAUAGUUCCAAUCCUCCUAUAAUAAAGAAUACUAAUUCCUCGAUGCCGUCAUUUGCUAAAUCUCUGAAUCCGCAACCUACUCACUACGUAUUCCAUCGUCCCGGGAUACCAAGGGUUACUUAUACUGAUUCUCAAGAAUUUGAAAAACUUGUUGAUUUAGACUUGUGUCCAAGACUGGCGCUUAUAUUGAAACCCAUUUAUGAUGAUAAGUUUUCCAGUUUAUACCCCGAUGGGAACCGGUCAAGUUUCGGAAUGCUUGGUUCGUUUGGUCAAUCUGUUCGUAAAUUUGGUAAUGCUCUUUACCUGUUUUUCGAUUACGGGGUUGAUGAAACCGACAUUCCUACCCAUAAUAAUAAUGAAGAUGAACCAUCUCCAAAUGAAAUCAAUGACGAAUUAAAUGAUUCUUCGAGGAGUUCUGGCUAUAAUCGCUUAAAUCUUGAAAAUUCUAACAUCGGUGCUGGCAUGGAUGAUUAUUUUCAAUCUAACCAUUCAUCUGGACCACAACAGGACUCCUCUGAUCCCGAACGUAAACUUGCCUCGCGUGCCCAUUCUGCCUCGCUCAUCAAUUUUGGUAACACCGCCACUACAAGACCCAUUUCAGUUCUCCACCAACCGUCUUUUCAUUCCACCAACUACGUUAUCGGAGGUGACGACCAUGACGACACCGAAGAGAGACCCCUUCAUGAUUCUGGCUCGGUUUCAAAUCUUACAAGUAGACUGUCUACUCCUAAGCCAAUGGGGAAUCUUCCGUCCAUUAGUCGGGUUCAAACCAUCCGUCCUGAAGAACAAGAUCAACCCAACGAAUCAACUACAAAUGAUUCUGAUGAAGAUAAAAAGGAUAAGUAAUACCAUUUAUACCACUAUUUAUUUUUGUUUGAGUAGAUUCUUUUCAAUAUAUGCUUAUCAGUUCAUAACAAC